CUCACGAUGGCUGGAAGCAGUCGAUCCUUAACUAGAGAGCUCGAACGAAAGGUUCUUGCCACAGUUCGGAGUUAUAUUGACCAACUGCCAAUUUCUGAAGAAAGCAACGGCUCUCUAUAUCUAUCGGUCUCGCAGGUGUACCAAUAUAUUAUUACGGACGGGAGCGUGCCAAGGCAGAAGAAGCGAAAUCUGGAAAAGAUGAUUGAAAAGGCCUUAGACAUGAUACGAGAAGAGGAGGCCGAGGCCGAUAAUCCGGACAGCGGCCCGAGCAAUCCCAGAGGACCCGGCGAAGGGGGCCCGACGGAACCAAAGGUACUCUACAAUCAAUAUCCGAAACAUUUUGCAUCGAAUCAUACUAACGCCCAAGCCUCCAUCAGGAAUCGAACACGAUGAACAAGCGAGUAGUAAGUAUGUGGUCAGCAAGCGCUUCAGGCACAACUCCCAAACCUUCCCCCGUGGCCAGCAACAGUGUGCUGGCACCGCCCACGCCCCGAAAACGAAAAGAACGCCACCACUCCAAAGAUGGCGAAUCUAUGAAACGUUGGAAACGAACCGACUCUCGCGAGCCACCCAAGGGCAUCUCCUUGAAGGACAUUGGCGGGCUAGAAGAUGUCAUUCAGGAUCUUUUGGAGCUUGUUGCCAUUCCUCUGCUCCAUCCAGAGAUUUACCUACAUGUCGGAGUACAACCGCCUAGCGGUGUGCUUCUCCAUGGACCACCUGGCUGCGGCAAGACCAUGCUAGCAAACGCUAUUGCCGGUGAGAUUGGGCUACCAUUUAUUGCCGUUUCUGCUCCCUCAAUUGUGUCAGGAAUGUCCGGGGAAUCGGAAAAGAAGCUACGGGAACUUUUUGAGGAAGCUCGGGAGAAAGCCCCUUGCCUAAUAUUUAUGGAUGAACUAGACGCUAUAGCACCAAAGAGGGAGAGCACCCAGAGGGAUAUGGAGAGAAGAAUUGUUGCCCAGAUGUUGACCUGUAUGGACGAUCUUGCAUUGGAGAAGACUGGAGGGAAACCAGUCAUGGUUAUUGGUGCAACAAACCGACCCGAUAGCCUAGAUCCAGCAUUGAGAAGAGCGGGAAGAUUUGAGAGGGAAAUUUGCCUCAAAGUGCCUGAUGAGCUUGCCAGAGAGAAGUAUUUUACUCCGGGUUCCUUUUAAGAUUGAUCCCCUAGCUAUGCACUGAUUCGCUGAUCACGUGGCCUACAGGAUCUUGAGGGUGCUGUGUGGGAAGUUGAGGUUACCGGGAGAUUUUGACUUGAGAAAAUUGGCCAAAACGACCCCCGGGUUUGUUGGAGCUGAUCUACGUGCUUUGGCAACAGGGGCCGGAGCGAUAGCACUGAGACGAAUCUAUGAAACCCUCGAGAUCCCAACACCCACUGCUGACUCCCCAGAAGCGACAACUGCUGCCCAGUUAGACGACUCAGCGAAGAUGGACAUGGAUCCAGUCGGCCCGCCCCCACUACCGGUGUCGGUGCCAGCACCAGUUGCCCCGGCGGCGUCAGGGUCCCUAACCCCAAUUCAACGCCUCCUUGAAGCAGACCGACUUACCGAAAAGCAAUUAGAUUCGCUCUAUGUAACCCUUCCGGAUUUCUUGGCCGCCCUUCCGAAAAUUCAACCUUCAACUAAGAGAGAGGGUUUCGCAACAGUCCCUGAUGUUACCUGGGCGGAUGUUGGGGCCCUCGAGUCAAUUAAGGUUGAAAUGCGGAGGGCCAUCGUGCAGCCAAUCAAGAUGCCAGAACUUUACGGGGGUGUGGGGGUUACCGCGCCGGCUGGGAUACUCCUUUGGGGCCCGCCGGGGUGCGGUAAGACCCUACUAGCAAAAGCCGUUGCAAAUGAGAGCCAUGCAAACUUUAUCUGCGUCCAGGGCGCAGAACUACUGAGCAAGGUUUGAAUCCUGAUUUCAAUAUCCCACAAUUAUAACGCUGCCUACUGACCAACACAGUACGUUGGGGAAUCUGAGCGGGCUGUCCGCCAGGCUUUCUCACGAGCCCGAGCUUCUGUUCCAUGUGUUAUCUUUUUUGAUGAGUUGGAUUCUUUGGUUCCUCACCGCACCGAAUCUUCGGAACACUCCAUUCGCAUAGUCAAUACCCUCCUCACAGAAUUAGACGGCCUGAAUGAUCGCAAGGGAAUCUAUAUUAUUGGGGCAACCAACAGACUCGAUAUCAUUGAUCCGGCAAUUCUCAGACCGGGCAGGUUGGAUAAGCCUUUAUUUGUAGAUCUUCCAAACAAGGAGGAGAGAGCAGCGAUUUUGAAGACUCUUGCCAAUAAGGCACCCCUCUCCAACGUCGAUCUAGGAGCUGUUGCGGAGGAUAACAGGUGUAAAAAUUUUAGGUAAGUCUUGCUCCAUGCACAUUCCUUCUUCCAUACUGAUAUCGUGGCAGUGGCGCGGAUCUAGGGGCACUAGUGAAAGAAGCCACUGUUCUAGCUCUUGAACGCGCCAUAGACGCUGCCGAACUGGAGGAAGGCGGAAAUACUGACGGCCUCCCGGUAAUGGUCACAGUGGAGGAUUUUGAAAAAGCCCUCGCAGAUAUCAGGCCUUCAGUAUUGGAGGGUGCUAGAGAGAAGUACCGGGAAUUGGCAACUAGACUCGGCAGUCGUCAGGCCCUAGUGGCAGAAUAGACUUGUGGGGGAGAACAACGCCAGGUUGGCCGUUGGCAUGUGGGCCGCUAUUAGGCCCUCCCCUCUCGCACCCGUGAAGUAACGUAUGAUACAUACCAAGUCUACCAUUUCCUACCAGCCACGCCAGUGACACAUAGAAGAAUUGGAUAUGCACGGCGACUCUCAAUUCAGCAGAGGGCAGUGAUACUUGCACUGAAUUGGCAUUCAGAGUGGAGCUUCCCAAAAAUUGCAGAGUAGCUUGAUAUUCCAAUACAAACUGUGCAUGGUAUUGUGC